UGCAUCUUACACCAGACAAGUCUCCACAAUGAAGCUUGUAGUCGUGAUAGCAAUCUGCCAGGUGGCGACGGUACUGGCUCAGAGUCAGCGGCAGCAGCAGUACUUCCAGAAUGAGCAAGGCUCGAUAAGGAAGCAGCAGCCCCUGGAUGACCAGAGACCCUCUUCGUCACAGGACCGCUACACCACGCCAGUGCCAAUCAUUCGAUUCAACAAGGAGCAAAGCGCAGACGGUAGCUACAAAACAAGCUACGAGACAGGCAACAACAUUAUUGCAGAGGAAACAGGUUUUCUUAAGAAUCCAGGCAUCGAAAACGAGGAGGCGCUAGUGCAGCAUGGUAGUUACUCGUAUACAGCGCCAGAUGGCAGCAUUAUUACUGUUACGUACACAGCUGACGAACAAGGUUUCAGAGCAGAGGGCGCUCAUCUGCCCACACCGCCACCUAUACCAGCGGAGAUUCAGAAGUCUUUGGACAUCAUAUAUGAACAAAUUAGGCUGCAGCAGGAACAAGAAGCGAGAGAAAAUAAAUUUCAGAAGCCAGAAGAAACGAACUUUGCGGGCGAAGAGAAUUAUCCCAGCAGAUUUAGACAGUGAAAUAUUUUCCUUUUAUAUGAAAACAUGUCCUGAAUUAAGAGAAUAAGCACGUAUUCCAGGUCAAAGGGUAGCAUUACUCUUCAUGGUACUGAAGUUUCAUGGCUGUCACUCGGUAGCCAAAGAAACAACAUAAAUUAUCGACAAUAACAGUUUCGAUAAUCGCUUAUAAUUUACAGUUCCUUGAAACAAGAUGGCCGUUUGAUUUGUAGCUCCAUGUAUCAUUUAGUUCUCGUGUUAAUUUUCGACUUAUCUUAAUGCCUUAUUAAAGCAGAGUGGUUACUAUAUAUACCACUUGAAUUUUGACUGCAGAACAUAUUAGUAUUGCUUAUGAUUCUCAGAAUAUACACGGAUUAUUUCUCUGAACUGCAUUAACCAUUCUGGUCUAAAUGAUAGGGAGUCAGUACAUUUUCCGCGAGGUAGAAAAUGAAAAAUCAUACAUGAAUUUCAAAAGGUCAACUUAGAAUAAUUCAUUGUAAAAUCUAGUAAGCAGUAAUUUAUUGCAAACUGCUUACUUGAAUAUUACAUUAUUUAUUUAUUUUUGCAAUUAUAUGCUCAAACAUUUAAGGUUGAUUUUAUACACAAUAGAAUUUUUCGAUAUAGGCAUAACCAUAUCGGGUGUAGAUGCUCUAGAAAUAUCUCUAGAAAUUACUUAUGUCCUACGAAUAUAUUUCAGACACUGCUGUAAAAGUUUCUGUCAUGCUGACAAUUGAUGAUCUGUAAAUGUAUUCGUGUUUUCUGUCGUUGCGUAGCAAUUCAAAUGUUCACGUGCAGUUAGUGGCGAUGUUUGUGGUGGCACAACUUGUGAGAGAAGAGUACUCUAGAAGAAAUUUGUGAGACCCUUUAAGAAAUCAAUUGACUUACACUGGGACAUUAAUACAGUGCGUAAAUAUAAAACUUGUUUUUUUUUAAGUUACAAAGUUUGA